UUAACUUGAAGAACCCGGAUCACAACUUUUUCAUCAUGGAGAUGGAUGAGUCUGAAGAGAACAAUGGGCUUCAGCCCAUUCUCCAGAGAAGAAUCUUCUUUGGGAGGGAGGUUGGUUUUGCUGACAGGAAGCUGUUACCUGCUUUUCAGCUCAAGUCUCGCACUUACCUUGGCCCGACUGCUAUGGAUGCUGAAAUGGCUUUCUUGAUGGCUAAUCAAGCUAAAGCUACAUCUGGAAAGCUUGUGUAUGACCCUUUCGUUGGUACAGGGAGCAUUCUCGUUUCUGCUGCACGUUUUGGUGCAAUGACAAUGGGUGCAGAUAUUGAUAUCAGAGUAGUGCGUGAUGGACGUGGUCCAGACUGUAAUGUUUGGAGCAAUUUCAAGCAG